AUGAUACCCUCCCCGCUCAGACUUCAUCGCUUUCUGUCGCGAUCUUUCUCAGUCCUGAAAUCAUCUCCUGUACGCAGAAUGGCCGUGGUUACUAAUCUGCGUGAUCCCAACACGCUGAGCAACUACAACAACUGGCGCUCCACCCACAUCACGGCCAAUUUCGAUAUCCUGUUCGACCAGAAGAAGCUCGUGGGAAAUGUCGUCCACCGCUUCAAAUCAACUACCGAUGCCGAGUCUCGUGAGAUUAUCCUGGAUACCAGCUAUCUCGACAUCGGCUCCGUAAAGGUCAAUGGCCAGCCCUCCAAGUGGGAGCUGAUGUCCCCACUGGCACCCUUCGGAACCCCGCUGAAGAUCAGCCUGGACAAGGCCGUGGAGCUCAAUGAGACCAUUGAGGUUGAUAUCGCCGUGAAGACCACUGAGAAGUGCACGGCACUCCAGUGGUUGACUCCCGCCCAAACUUCCAACAAGAAACAUCCGUAUAUGUUCUCGCAAUGCCAGGCCAUCCACGCGCGGUCUAUCUUCCCUUGCCAGGAUACGCCGGAUGUCAAGAGCACCUUCGACUUUAACAUUACCUCUCCUCUCCCGGUCAUGACCAGUGGUUUACCCCUUCGGGAUUCCUCGGAGAACCCUCAAUCAGGAAACCGCCUGUACCGAUUCAACCAGUCGGUUCCGAUUCCUAGCUAUUUGUUUGCAAUUGCAAGCGGUGAUGUCUCUGAGGCUCCCAUUGGCCCCCGAAGUGUGGUCGCCACCAGCCCUGAUAAGCUGGAGGAUUGUAAAUGGGAGCUCGAGGCAGACACGGAAACUUUCAUCACCACCAUCGAGAAAAUCGUAUAUCCCUAUGCCUGGGGCGAAUACAACGUUUUGAUUCUGCCGCCGAGUUUCCCUUAUGGUGGCAUGGAGAACCCCAUCUUUACCUUUGCUACUCCGAGCAUUAUCUCCAAGGACCGUGAAAAUAUCGAUGUCAUUGCGCAUGAGCUGGCUCACAGCUGGAGCGGUAACCUUGUGACCAACGCCUCGUGGGAGCACUUCUGGCUCAACGAGGGCUGGACGGUGUACCUCGAACGACGGAUCCUGGCUGCAAUUCAUGGAGAGGCAUACCGCCACUUCUCUGCUAUUAUCGGUUGGAAAUCGCUGACUGAUUCCAUCGAGCAUUUUGGCCACGACCAUGAGUUCACCAAGCUGGUGACCGAUCUCAAGGGCAAGGACCCUGACGAUGCCUUCUCUAGCAUUCCUUAUGAGAAAGGUUUCAACUUCCUGUUCCAUCUCGAGAAUCUGGUUGGAAAGCCGAAGUUUGAUAAAUUCAUUCCUCACUACUUUACUGUCUUCAAGAUGAAGUCUCUCGAUUCCUACGAGUUUAAGGCGACGAUUCUGGACUUCUUCAAGUCGGAUGCUGAGGCAUCCAAGCUGUUGAAUGAAUUGGAUUGGGACAAGUGGUUCUACACUCCUGGUCUGCCCCCCAAGCCGCAAUUUGACACUUCGCUGGUGGAUGUCGUUUAUUCUCUGGCACAGAAAUGGGAAACCCUCCACAAUUCUUCCUUCAAGCCGCAGGCGAGCGACCUAGAAGGUCUGACAGCCAACCAGAUCGUCGUUUUCCUGGAACAGGUUCUGCGUUGGGAGCAGCCCCUCCGCCCUGAGCUCUCGAAGCUGAUGGGGGAGGUUUACGGACUGGCCAAGAGUGACAACAUCGAAGUUUCCAACCUGUACUUCCAGGUUGGCAUGAAGGCUGGCGACGAGAGUGUUAUCGAGCCUACCACAGAACUGCUGGGCCGAAUCGGAAGAAUGAAGUUUGUUCGACCACUGUUCCGCAAUCUUCAGAAGAUUAACCGCCCCGUCGCUCUUGAGACCUUUGAGAAGUACAAGGACUUCUACCACCCUAUCUGCCGUGGCAUGGUCGAGAAGGACCUCUUUGGCAAAAAGUAA